CAGAAACUUGAUGGCAUGGCUACCGUGAGCCGCAACAUAUAGGAAUGGGCCUUGACUAUUACCUUUUGUUGAAUAUCCCACAAAGUGCUCAACAUGCAGAUAUCUGUAAAGCUUACCGAAGACUUGCCUUACGUUAUCAUCCUUGCCGAGCUAAACCUGGAGAAGAUUUCAAUGAGCGCUUCUUAGCUAUUUCAGAGGCUUACGAUGUUCUAUCGGAUCCCAAAAAGAAGGCUAUCUAUGAUCAAUUUGGUGAGGAAGGUUUGAAAGGUGGUGCUCCAGUCAAUUCUGAAUGGACGAAACCGUAUGUAUAUCAUGGCGAUGCGCAUAAAACAUUUAUGUCAUUUUUUGGGACAGACAAUCCUUUCAAUCAAUUUCAGGAAGAAAUGGACUCACAAGUUGAACGUAAUUUCGGAGGUCCAAAUGGUCGCGGUUUCCCUCGUCAAGAUCCACCAAUUGAACGUGAAAUGUUUCUAAGUUUGGAAGAAAUUUAUAAUGGAUGUAUUAAAAAAAUGAAGGUUUCUCGUCGAAUAAUGAACGAAGAUGGGCAUACGAGUAGUAUCAAAGAUAAAAUACUUACAUUAACUGUUCGCCCCGGUUGGCGUGAAGGCACUCGAAUCACAUUCCCGAAAGAAGGUGAUCAAGGUCCUAAUACUAUACCAGCUGACAUUGUGUUCAUAUUACGUGACCAACCACACAAGCACUUUAAACGUGAAGGCACUGAUUUAAUAUUUACUUCUCCAGUUCCUUUGGGUCAGGCUCUUCUGGGUUGCAUUGUGGACGUGCCCACAUUAGAUGGAAGGCUUUUACAUGUGCCAAUUACAGAAAUAAUUCAUCCUGGUUAUGAAAAGGUUGUUCCAGGAGAAGGUAUGCCACUACCUGAUGAUUCAGAGAAGAAAGGAGAUUUGCGAAUUCACUUUAACAUUCAGUUCCCUAAAAAACUUAAUGGAGAUCAAAAACUAAUCAUUGAAAGAGCAUUUUUUGGAUAAUUUCCCCGUCAAAAAAAUGUCCUCAUCAUUUUGGACACACGUGUGCAUAAACUAACACAGAUUUUUUUUCAAUUAACAAAAAGUUUAGAGAAAGAAGCAGUUAUAAUGAAACUACAUUCAUUGUUCUCUUAUUUCUUUUUUGUUCAAAAACCAAGUUUUUGAAUACUUCAUUUUGUAAACAAACAUGUACUUGACAAAAAAUGACUGAUAUUCUUAGUUUUCAUUAUAAUAUAAACUUCUUUUUUGAUGACAUUUGAUUUCCUUUUCUAUUCCAUCUAGAAAUACAUUAUUGCAAC